AUGGAAGCCUAGAUGCCUCACCGCAAGGAGCGGCCCAGCGGGUCCUUGCUUCACGCACACAGCAGUGCAGGCACCCUGGAGGGAGGAAGCAUGUCCCGGUUGUCUCUCACUCGGUCACCUGUGUCUCCCCUGGCUGCCCAGGGCAUUCCACUGCCAGCCCAACUUACCAAGUCCAACGCACCUGUGCACAUCGAUGUGGGCGGUCACAUGUAUACCAGCAGCCUGGCCACCCUCACCAAAUACCCCGACUCCAGAAUAAGCCGCCUUUUCAAUGGCACUGAGCCCAUCGUCCUGGACAGUUUGAAGCAACAUUAUUUCAUUGACCGGGACGGGGAGAUUUUCCGCUAUGUCUUGAGCUUCCUGCGGACGUCAAAACUGCUGCUUCCCGACGACUUCAAGGACUUCAGCCUACUGUACGAGGAGGCGCGUUACUACCAGCUGCAGCCCAUGGUACGCGAGCUGGAACGCUGGCAACAGGAGCAGGAGCAGCGCCGUCGCUGCCGGCCCUGCGACUGCCUGGUGCUGCGUGUGACCCCUGACCUGGGGGAACGAAUCGCGCUCAGCGGUGAGAAGGCCCUCAUUGAAGAAGUCUUCCCCGAGACCGGGGACGUCAUGUGCAACUCGGUUAAUGCCGGCUGGAACCAGGACCCCACCCAUGUCAUCCGCUUCCCCCUCAAUGGCUACUGUGGGCUCAAUUCUGUGCAGGUCCUGGAGAGGCUCUUCCAGAAGGGGUUCGGCAUGGCCGCCUCCUGUGGGGGCGGUGUGGACUCCUCACAGUUCAGCGAGUAUGUGCUCUGCAGAGAAGAACGGCGGCUGCAGGCCAUUCCCACUGCCCUCCGGAUAAAGCAGGAGCCUUUGGACUAG